GGGGGGGAGGGGGUGUGAGUGGCUUGAUGGCGGCGGGAAGAACGGGCCAACUGCCGUCCCGCCGGGUUCGGCGUCCCUCUGGGACGCAGGGAAAGGCGUCCCGGAGUGCAGGGCGCGUUGUGGCAGCUCCGGGCCUUGUGGCCUCGUGGCUGACCCGCCGGGGCUCCGCGGAACGCGGGUAGUGUCACUCGCUGGGCGCCCUCCGUGGCGGCCCGGCCGGUCCUGUGAGCCUGGCUGGGGGCAAGGAGCGCAGGCCGCUGCCUGCUGCGGGCACGGGAGCGCGAUUUUCUGUUUUUUUCUCUUCUGGAAAAAGAAUAAUAGUAGCCCGGUGUGGCCGCGGUGAGGGGAGCGGUGGGGGCUGUGUGGCCUCAGGAUGGCUGGGGCCGUCUUUCUUCCCAGCUGCUUUGGAGGGGGUUGAGUCCUCCUGCAGUUGCUGGGCCAGUUCAGAGGCCUGAACUCAUCAAUGAGUACAUCUGGUGUGCGAGUUGAAAAAUACUGAUGUGAAAUAACAGUUUCUGUCUGAAGCAGGAGCAGGUUUGUUCUGUUCUGUGUUUUUUCUCUAGCCCUGCAGAGAAGGACUUGGGAAUAGUGGUAGAUGAAAAUUGGACAUGAGCUGGCCAUGUGCACUUGCAGCCCAGAAAGCCAGCCAUAUCCUGGGCCGCAUCAGAAGCAGCAUGACCAGCAGGUCGAGGGAGGUGAUUCUGCCCCUCUGCUCUGCUCUCCUGAGACCCCACCUGGAGUGCUGCGUCCAGCUCUGGGGGCCCCGGUACAAGACACGCGUGGACCUGUUGGAGCGAGUCCAGAGGAGGGUCACGACAAUGAUCAGAGGGCUGGAGCACCUCUCCUGUGAGGACAGGCUGAGAGAGUUGGGGUUGUUCAGCCUGGAGAAAAGAGGGCUCCAGGGAGACCUUAUUGCAGCCCUUCAAUACUUAAAUAGUAUAAGAAAGACGGAGAGAGACUUUUUCCCAGGGCCUGUAGCAACAGGACAAGGGGCAGUGGUUUUAAACUGAAAGAGGGUAGGCUUAGAUUAGAUGUAAGGAAGAAUUUUUUUUCUGAUGAGCGUGGUGAGGCACUGGAACAGGUUGCCCUGAGAAGUUGUGGAUGCCCCAUCAUUGGCAGUGUUCAAGGCCAGGUUGGAUGGGGCUUUCAGCAACCUGAUCUAAUGGAAGAUGUCACUGCCCAUGCAGGGGGGGGUUGGACUUGAUGAUCUCUUCCAGCACAAACCGUUCUGUGGUUCUACAGUUGUAAUAACGAACAAAACACUACAGAACAGCACAUUGUGUAAAUGAAGCUGUAUUCUGUGAAUAGUACAUGUCUGAAUUUAACUUUGUUAAAUACAAUGUGAGUGAGCUGAGAGGUUGAUAUGGAUUUAGGUCUGGAAUUAAAAACUAGCAAUUCAGGCUUGGCUGCAUUUGUAUUGCUGGCAUUGGGGGAUGUCAGUUGUAGAUCUCAGUACUGGCUGCAUCUUCAGAUGUUGCUAGCAACUGGGGACUAAUUUUCAGUCUAUGUUUAAGCAUUCUCUUGCCUCAUGGAGAGGUGUAGCUUGCUGCAACCAGGAAUGUCCAUCCUCCUAGGAAGCUGGUGAUGUGGAUUUGCUCCUGCAGGCCUAAGGUGACUGUAGGUUACUGUUGAGGUACAGGCUGUUACAGGAACUGCUGAUGAAACACUCUGCCCUGGAGUUGGUGAAUCAGUGAUGGUGUCCUGCAUACUACUGCACAGGAGAACUCAGUACUGCAUGUAAAUACCAGAACUGGAGUUUAAGUUUCAUGAUAAGGGAUCUGUUUUUGCUAAACCUGGCCGUUCAAGAUACAGUAUGGAGAUGCUGACAGAAGGACAGAGGCUGAGACGUGGGCCACUGCCACUGCGUGGAACAUGCCCAAGAAAGGAGGGAAGCAUGCUGAAAUGGGAAAAGAAAUGCAGACAGAGUGUAAACGAGCAAAGAUGGAAACAGCUUGCUCUCCGUCAGUCAUGAGUUUUGAGAGCCCAGACAGCCUCUUUGGAAGCUUGAUCUCUCCCAUCAAACAAGAGAUAUUUUUCAGGGAGUAUUGGGAACAAAAGCCACUGCUUGUUCAGAGAAAUGAUCCCCUGCAGGCUGCUUACUACCAGUCCCUGUUCCAGUUGUCAAAUUUGAAGGAACUGUGCAGCCAGGGUCUAUACUAUGGGCGAGAUAUAAAUAUCUGCAGAUGUGUGAAUGGAAAAAAGAAAGUUUUAAAUAAAGAAGGCGAAGUGAAUUACAUGCAGCUGAAGAAGGAUUUUGACCAGAAAAAGGCAACAAUACAGUUUCAUCAGCCUCAGAGAUUUAAGGAGGAGCUGUGGAAGAUUCAGGAGAAGCUGGAGUGCUACUUCGGGUCUCUGGUUGGGUCGAAUGUUUACAUUACUCCCCAGGGGUCGCAGGGCCUUCCCCCUCACUACGAUGAUGUUGAGGUGUUUGUCCUUCAGCUAGAAGGCGAGAAACAUUGGCGACUCUAUAAACCAACGGUGCAUUUAGCUCGGGAAUAUAAUGUUGAAUCAGAAGAUAGGAUUGGGAAUCCCACACAUGAGUUUAUAUUAAAGCCAGGUGACUUACUGUACUUUCCAAGAGGAACUAUUCACCAAGCUGACACUCCUCUUGGGAUCUCCUAUUCUACACACGUGACCAUCAGUACCUACCAAAACAACUCUUGGGGAGAUUUCUUACUGGAUGCAAUUCCUGGCCUUGUGUUUGAUACAGCAAAAGACGAUGUGGUGUUGCGGACAAGCAUACCAAGGCAGCUGCUUAUGCAGGUGGAUAUAGCUGACUCAUCCAAAAAACUGAGUAGCCUUUUGAGAAGGCUUGCAGACCGUCUGGAAAACACCAGAGAACUAAGAUCAUCUGACAUGAAGAAGGAUUUCAUUAUGAACCGGUUGCCACCUUGCUUGGGAUGUGACUCUGAUCCUUUGACUCCAGGUGGGAAAUUGCCAAAAAUAGAUAGCAAAAUCAGACUGCAGUUUAGAGAUCACACUGUCAUUACAGUGGAACCAGAUCAAGAGAAUUCUGAUGAAAUUCGCAGAGACAUGAUGGUUUAUGUGUAUCAUUCUUUAAAGAACAGGAGAGACACUCACAUGAUGGGGACAGAAGAUGAUACUACUAACGAGGAGGGCACAUCACAGCAGACUCACGGACUGCGGUUUCCUUUGUCAUAUUUGGAUGCACUGAAGCAGAUUUGGAAUAGCAGCACGGUUUAUGUUAAAGAGCUUAACCUUAGCUCAGAUGAAGAGAAAGAAAACCUUGCCUUGUCACUAUGGACUGAAUGUCUAAUUGAAGUUAUUUGAUGCUUUUGUGAAUUAGCUGUUCCUAUAAGUAGUAUUUCUGGCCAUUAAGAAUCUCCUGAAAGAAAGGCUUAUUAAAUUACUUUUUUAUCCA